ACAGGAACGGAGGCGCGCUCCCGAGAACCCGCGCGCUCCCGUGAGCGAGGAGAACAGCGCUUCAGCUCAGCGUCCAACUCAGAGCUUCUCCAGACCUGUUGCCUUCAUUCCUUUUAUUUCUUUUGGUUCGUUUUUAUUCGCUAUGGUUGUGUUAGAGGUUCGGAGAUGUUUCGGGUGCGUCUGAACUGCUGAAUUCUUAUUCUUGUUCCUUUCCAAAAGCUUUCAUUCGGACCGAAAUCGUCGAAUUGAGAUGUUUUAAGAGACUUGGAGCGGAAUUGUGUGGCUGGAGAUGUUUUCUCUUUUGUUUUGUGAUGGACAGCAUCAUCCUCCUCCUCCUUCCCGGUGUGUACCUGAGAGACGGUGAACAUCUCCCAGAAUAAGCAGCACAGAGGAACAGAUGAAAGAGGAGGAGCUAAAGCGGAUUUCCUAUCGGCCGCUGGCUUUGAUGUUUCGGAGAAAACUAAUCCCAGGAACGGAAACGACACCAGGCUCAGGAGUUUCAAUAUCAGCGGAAUGAGAAGAAAACACACCAGGAGAACAUCGACUUCUUCUCCAUGUGAACAACACAAGCUCUCUCUGUCUGUGGUUCAUGAAUGACAGAUAUCCUUGACUCCAGGAGCUGAAGCUGAUAUCUCAUCAUCUCAAUUAAUGACCUCAGCUCAGAACUCAGAUCUUCAGCAGAAUGUUUGAUGGUAUAUAAUCAUGGGCUAAAAAGUUCAGACAGAACCCACUCCGUUGUUCACUUGAUGAAAUUCUUGCGACUAAAAACCAGAUCGAGUUGCUUCUCCAGCUGUCCUGCGAACUUCUCGUCUUCUUCUCUUCAUAGAAACAUGUUAAACCUGUUUAUUUGUUAAAUUCACGGAUUAAUCUUCAUGAUCUUUAUGGCGUUUAUGGUCUAAUAAUCAUGAAUCGUGAUUGAGCUCCGGUCUACAUGGCCGAUGAGCGUUCAGGGUCCGCAUGCUUCCAGCUAAAGAUGGUGAUGUUCGGCUCGAGCCCUCCUCCCAAAACUCCAUGAUGGCGAGCCGGAGUUCAACCGGCCUGUUCAUCCCGGUUUUUCCUGAAGUACCGUGUGACAGCAAUGGCCAGCGCAUGUGGUGGGCCUUCCUCGCGUCCUCCAUGGUCACGUUCUUUGGUGGCCUCUUCAUCAUCCUGCUGUGGAGGACGGUCCGGUACCUGUGGGCCGUGUGCUGCCACUGCAACACCAAAAAGAAGGAUGUGCAGCGGGUCAGCAAUGUGGAGAAGAAGGACGGGACGGUGGUCAGUGAGGUGGGCUGGAUGACCUCAGUGAAGGACUGGGCUGGGGUCAUGAUCUCUGCACAGACGCUAACCGGGCGUGUGCUGGUGGUGCUGGUGUUCGUCCUCAGUAUCGCAGCUCUGGUCAUUUACUUCAUCGACUCAUCCAACCCGAUCGAGUCAUGCCAACUCUUCGAUAAAGACUUUACACUGCAGAUAGACAUGGCCUUCAACAUCUUCUUCCUGCUCUACUUUGGCCUGCGAUUCAUCGCGGCGAAUGAUAAGCUGUGGUUCUGGUUGGAGGUGAACUCGGUGGUGGAUUUCUUCACCGUGCCGCCAGUGUUUGUCUCUGUGUACCUGAACCGGAGCUGGCUGGGUCUGAGGUUCUUGAGAGCGUUACGGCUGAUCCAGUUCUCCGAAAUCCUACAGUUUCUGAAUAUCCUGAAGACCAGCAAUUCCAUAAAGUUGGUGAACUUGUGCUCGAUCUUUAUUAGCACGUGGCUAACGGCUGCAGGCUUCAUACACCUGGUGGAAAACUCAGGUGAUCCGUGGGAAAAUUUCCAGAACUUCCAGCAGCUGUCCUACUGGGAGUGUGUGUAUUUGCUGAUGGUGACAAUGUCCACUGUGGGUUACGGAGAUGUGUGCGCUAAAACUACACUCGGGCGUCUCUUUAUGGUCUUCUUCAUCCUCGGUGGAUUGGCCAUGUUUGCCAGCUACGUCCCUGAAAUCAUAGAAUUAAUAGGAAACCGUAAGAAAUAUGGCGGUUCCUAUAGUGCAGUAAAUGGGAGAAAGCAUAUAGUGGUGUGUGGUCACAUCAACCUGGAAAGUGUUUCCAAUUUCCUUAAAGACUUCCUUCACAAGGACAGGGACGAUGUCAAUGUAGAAAUAGUUUUUCUCCAUAAUAUUUCCCCUAAUCUUGAGUUGGAAGCCUUAUUUAAGCGCCACUUCACUCAGGUAGAGUUCUACCAGGGCUCGGUCCUGAACCCACACGACCUGGCCCGGGUCAAGAUUGAAUCAGCAGACGCAUGUUUAAUAUUAGCCAAUAAAUACUGCGCAGACCCGGACGCAGAGGACGCGUCCAACAUCAUGAGAGUGAUCUCUAUUAAAAACUACCAUCCAAAGAUCCGCAUCAUCACACAGAUGCUACAGUACCACAAUAAGGCUCACCUGUUGAACAUCCCGAGCUGGAACUGGAAGGAAGGUGAUGAUGCGAUUUGUCUGGCCGAACUGAAGCUGGGUUUUAUUGCUCAGAGCUGCUUAGCACAAGGGCUUUCCACCAUGCUAGCGAAUCUCUUCUCCAUGAGGUCCUUCAUCAAGAUUGAAGAGGACACGUGGCAGAAGUAUUACCUGGAAGGAGUAGCUAAUGAAAUGUACACAGAGUACCUGUCCAGUGCCUUUGUGGGAUUAACGUUCCCCAUGGUGUGUGAGUUGUGUUAUGUGAAGCUGAAGCUCCUCCUGAUUGCGAUCGAAUAUAAAUCUGAUCAGAGAGAGAGCAGGUCAGGGCUCAGGGUAACAUUUCUGGAUUAUGUAUAUAUUUACAGAGAGAGUAAUUACUUCUUUAUUUAUAUGGUGUGUGUGUGUGUGUGUGUGUGUGUGUGUGUGUGUGUGUGUCGCAGCACUCUUAUUAACCCAGGCAAUCAUGUAAAGAUGCAGGAAGGAACACUGGGUUUCUUUAUCGCCAGCGAUGCCAAAGAAGUGAAGAGAGCUCUUUACUACUGCAAAGCAUGUCAUGAUGACAUCACAGACCCUAAAAGGAUAAAGAAGUGCGGAUGCAAACGAUUGAUGUUUUCCAAGACGGUGGGCAGUGGGCGAAUACGCCUGGCGUGUUGUUUAGGUUGCGGUGAGGCUGAUCGUGGCUGCUCGUGCACGUCUCGCAGCACUCGUAGUAACAUGAAGACUCCGUCCUGUACCUUGCCUCUUUCUCCCACCUCUGUUAGCGAUAAAUCAGCCACUUUACGCUCCUCCAAAAGUAACUAUAACGGAUAUAUCAAAUCAACGAUGGACGCCCCGGUGGUGCAGCAGUCCACUCUGUCACCGAAAAAAAAACAACGCAAUGGAGGAAUGAAAACAUCACCCACCUGCUCUCCAAAAACUAUACGACAUGACCCCGUGAUGAUCCCCAGCCAUGAUCAGAUGGAGAUGAUGGAUGAUAAUGUAAAGAGAUACGACUCUACUGGAAUGUUCCACUGGUGUCCGUAUAGAGACAUUGAGAAGGUCAUACUGACCCGUAGUGAGGCAGCCAUGACGGUUCUGAGCGGCCAUGUGGUGGUGUGUAUUUUUGGCGAUGUGAAGUCGGCUGUGGUGGGUCUGAGGAACCUGGUGAUGCCUCUGAGAGCAAGUAACUUCCACUACCAUGAGCUGAAACACAUUGUGUUUGUGGGAUCACUGGAGUAUCUAAAGAGGGAAUGGGAGACGUUACACAACUUCCCUAAAAUCUCCAUUUUACCCGGCACUCCUCUGAGCAGGGCGGAUCUGAGAGCCGUCAACAUUAACCUGUGUGACAUGUGUGUGAUCUUAUCAGCUACUCAGAACAACACAGAUGAUGCGUCUCUGCAGGAUAAAGAGUGUAUCCUCGCCUCGCUCAACAUCAAAUCCAUGCAGUUUGAUGACAGUAUAGGCCUCCUACAGGCCAACUCACAAGGCUUCACUCCCCCUGGGAUGGACCGUUCGUCUCCUGAAAACAGUCCUAUUCAUGGUUUAGAACGACAAACUUCCAUUAGCACUGGAGCUAACAUCCCCAUCAUCACUGAGCUCGCGAAGUCAGACAGGCUGCUGAACGCAGUGUGUGUAAGACAGGACAAGAGCUGCGGAACCAAUAUUCCAAUGAUAACUGAACUGGUAAAUGACUCCAAUGUUCAGUUCCUGGAUCAGGAUGAUGACGAUGACCCAGACACUGAGCUCUACCUCACACAGCCCUUCGCCUGUGGGACCGCCUUCGCUGUCAGUGUACUUGACUCACUGAUGAGUGCUACUUACUUUAAUGACAACAUCCUGACGUUGAUAAGGACGUUGGUGACAGGCGGAGCAACACCCGAGCUGGAGGGGCUGCUAGCGGAGGAAAACGCCCUGCGGGGGGGCUACAGCGACACACACACUCUCGCCAACAGAGACCGCUGUCGGGUAGCACAGCUCGCUCUGUACGACGGUCCGUUCGCCCAGCUGGGGGAAGGUGGAUGUUACGGUGAUUUAUUCUGUAAAGCAUUAAAGACCUACAACAUGCUGUGUUUCGGGAUUUACCGUUUAAGAGACGCUCACCUGAGUGAUCCGAGUCAGUGUUCCAAACGCUACGUGAUCACCAAUCCACCGUACGAGUUUGAGUUGGUCUCCACAGACCUGAUCUUCUGCCUGAUGCAGUUCGAUCACAACGCGGCUCAGUGUCGCUCCACGCUCUCACACUCCUCACACUCCUCACACUCGUCCAGUAAAAAAAGCUCUUCUGUUCACUCCAUCAGCACCAAACACACCAAGAGCCGUGAGCCACGAGACAAACCCAAUGCAACGUGGAUGAAUUGAGGGGUCGCAGACGCAAGAGGCGGGGCAGCGAGCCGGGACCAAUCAGGUCGCAGUAACCCUUUGUGGUGACAGAGUGUGAGAUCUCUCAUCACAACUUGCAAUAAGGAAACAUCACGACGUCACUGAGGUUCUCUCAGGUUUUAUUUGGAGUUUUGAAACGACACGCAGACGCAGACGCAGACGCAGGUCAGCUCUCAGGCCGUUACUGACCGCAGGCGCUAACGCUAAUGCUAACCUGACAAAUGGCGGCGUGUGUAAAAAGGCUUAUUCAAUGCUUUGUGUUUUAUUGACCAACAAGGAGUGCAACCUGACAGCGAGCUGUGUAUGUGAAAAGGGGGCGUGGCUAAUUAAAUUACAGGCCAUCUACAAACUCUAACAGAACAGUGAUGUAACUGGGAAAGGGGCGUGGUCACAAUAUUGGCAGGGGGCACAAAUUAAAUUGCCAACAGACAGUAACCAAGAGAACAGUGACAAUAUGGUAACACAUUGAAUGCAAUAGGAUUGUAAAAAAAAAUGGGGCGUGGUCAGAAAUAAUUUCUGUUCCAGACUAAUAGUAGUAUAUUUGUUUAAAAAGGGGGCGUGGUUAUUAUUAUGAUUUUUUGGGGGGAUAAUUUCUUGACUUUUGUGAUGCCUGUAACCUGACAAGCUGUACAAUAAAGGGGGCGUGGUUAUUUGAAUUGCAGGCCACCAUAACAGAGUAAACAAGCAAAGAAUGAUUUCAUUAAGAAAGGGGCGGGGUCACAAUAUUGACAAGUAUGCAUGGCUAAUUAACAGUGACAAGAUCAUAACACAUCGCAAUAUGAUUGUAAAAAAGGGGCGUGGUCAAAACUUUCUCUAGAUUUACUGUCUGUUUCAGACAUAUUGUGUUUGUUGAAGGGGCGUGGCUAAUUACAUAUUUUGUAAUUUAUUGAUCAAUGUGAAGCUUGUAACCUGACGACAAGCUGUUUAAAAAUGGGCGUGGCUAUUUAUAUACCAGGCAACCGUAACAGAAUACCCAAAGUGUGAUGUCAUUUAAAAGGGGCGUGGUCAAUAAACUUUUGGUAUAUUUUUGACAACUUAAUUAAUUUGCAUUGAAGGCCAGUGUGAUUCAAAAAAAAAGUUCCUGGACAUUCUGUUUAUUACAAAUUGUGGUGUAUUUGUUUUUAAAAAGGGGCGUGGCUAAUUAAAUGUGUUGGGUUUUUUGCUCAUCGUAAAAAACAAAAAGGGCGUGGCUAAUUUAAUUACAGGUCUUCUUGUCCCUAUACGCAGACAAUAACCAAAGAGUGAUGAACAUUUAUUUAUUUUUUAAAAACAGAGGCAGGGCUUUCCUAAAAAUCAUACAGAGCGUAGUUCAGAGAAGAGCUUAGCCUCGCUAGCAUGCUAAACAGUGAUGUCACUGUAAAAAAAAGACCUUCAGUUCAGAUCUUGUUUGUAAAUAAUCAAGAAAUGAAACAGAAUUUAUUUGAAUGAGAAAAAUUCUUCUAAAAUGUUUCACUUCCUGGCUCCUGGCUCCGCCCACAUCCUGGUGUAUCCGGUGUGUGGCUAAUAAUUAACGCUAACCUUUACUCAUUCCCAAGUGUUGAAGUCGAUCUUGUGUAUAAAGUGUAAUUAAGAGACCGAGCACUCGUUAGCUUCGAGCGCCUCAGGCUUCGCUAGCGGAGUGUAAAAAAAUACAGCUGCAGAUUUUUAUUCCCGAACUGCAGAUGUGAAGAACUCGUGAUGCCUUAUAUCAAUAAACACUAACAGGAAAUGAGCGAUUCCGCAGAAGCUGGACAUCGAUGUUGCCUACAGCCUUCAGCUACUUUUCUUCACAUUUACCCUUCACAUGUCACAGUAUCCUAACCCUAACGACCAAAAACAUUAGCUGCUAGCUAGUCAGCUAAAAGUUAGCUGGAUGUAAAUGCUAAACACCAAGCUAACACCACAAAGCUAACGGCUCAGUGAACUCGUGUUUGAAGUUUUUUAUCAGCUAUAUUUCUGUUUCCUGUGUUUAUAUAAAUAAUCAUAUGUAUUAGUUAGGAGAGUUUCGCUAACUCGAUGUAGCAACAUGCUAAUUUCUUAUGACAGGAAUAUUUCAAGUUUACGUUUCACAGUAAAAGUUGAUCUGUUGGUUACGUGCUAGCUAAAGAAGUAGGAUGAGGAGGAGAAUAAGGAUAAGGAGAAUGAUGAGGAGGAGAAUGAUGAGCAUGAUAAUGAGG